AUGCCCAUCGACUCGUCAGUGGCGGAGCUCAUCACUGCGCAGCUGUUUGUGCUGUCCCAGGAGGCCCCUGACCCCAUCUUCUUCUACAUCAACUCCACGGGCAUUGCGAAAUCAACCACCAAGUACGGCAACGAGCACGAGGCCAUAGCCGUGUACAGCAUGAUGCGCGCGGUGCAGAAGUUCUGCCCCAUCUACACGCUCUGCGGCAAGCGCGCCGCGCUGCGGUCGACGACCAUCAUGAUCCGGCAGCCGCUGCAGCGCCUGUCGGGCAUGCAGGCCAGCGACAUCGACAUCUACCGGCGGGUGACGCGCGAGAAGACCGGCCUCAUGGCCAAGUACCUGGCCGCCUCCACCGGCAAGACCGAGGAGGAGAUCACCAGCGACUUCCAGCGGCCGCGAUACUUCAACCCCUUCGAGGCGGUUGGCUACGGCCUCAUCGACCAGGUGCUGGAGCCGAAGGACGGCCGCUCUGUGGGCAAGGACUGGGAGGAACUGGGGUCGGAGAUUGGCAACCUGCCGCUGCUGGCGGACGACGAGCAGCCGCUGCCCACCAACGUGAUGUACCCCGGGACCAGCGAGUUCUGGAGGAACGACGACUACGAGGAGUAG